AUGGCGCAGUACUGGGCUAAGUCCAAAAACUGCAAAAGUACCAAUACUGAAUUGACCAAAAAGAUUACCGAUCUUGUCGAUAAUGCGAGACUCCUUGGAUAUGAAAUUCGGGAUUUAUGCGAUGGUACUGGUCGUAGCAGUAGCGCCGGUUCAGUAAGAUCCGGCUCCAGUAAAACACAAAAUUAUACCAGUGAUCUUUUAGCUUUCUGGCAAGAGUUUGACCGCCUAUUCAAAGAGAAACAAAGAUUCGAAAAACGCACUAUCAAU